GGGGCGCGAGGACCGGGCGGCGCGCUCUGGCUGGGGCAGCUCUCUUCGCCGGCUAGCGCGGGCUCCGGAUCUCCUGGCCUCGCCUUGUCGCGCCUGGCUUGCCAGCCUCCGGAGCCGUCUCUGCCCACGGAUGGGCUGGGGAAGUUGGGAGGAGCGAGCCGGAGCCCGCGCCGUGCGCACCCCGCUGCUGCCAGACUCGGCGCCCGCAGUCCGGGCGCAGCUCGCCGGCCGAAGGAGCGCGGAUGCCCCCUGGAGCGGUGGGCUGGCAGGUCUUGGGUCCUGAGGCCGCCAGCAGACUAUGGGUACAACAGCCAGCACAGCCCAGCAGACAGUCUCAGCGAGCACCCCCUUUGAGGGCCUCCAGGACGGCAGCAUGAUGGAUGGUCGGCACUCACUCAGCGUCCACUCCUUCCAGACCGCGAGCUUGCCCAACAGUAAGGCCAAGUCCAUCAUCCCCAACAAGGUGGCCCCCGUCGUGAUCACGUACAACUGCAAGGAGGAGUUCCAGAUCCACGAUGAGCUGCUCAAAGCCCAUUACACACUGGGCCGGCUCUCGGACUCCACCCCGGAGCACUACCUGGUGCAGGGACGCUACUUCCUGGUGCAGGAUGUUGCCGAGAAGACGGACGUGCUGGGCACUCAUCAGAGCUGUGGGGCUCCCAACUUCCGGCAGGUGCGGGGUGGGGCCCCUGUGUUCGGCAUGGGGCAGCCCAGCCUCUUGGGAUUCAGGCGGGUCCUCCAGAAACUUCAGAAGGAUGGACACAGGGCGUGCAUCAUCUUCUGUGUGCGGGAGGAGCCCGUGCUGUUUCUGCGUGCUGACAAGGACUUCGUGCCCUACACGCCUCGAGACAGGCAGAGUCUUCAUGAGAACCUCCAGGGCCUCGGCCCCGGGGUCCAGGCAGAGCGCUUGGAGUUGGCCAUGCGGAAGGAGAUCCACGACUUUGCCCAGCUGAGCGAGAACAUGUACUACGUGUACCACGACACCAACGACCUGAGGGGGGAGCCCCACACCGUGGCCGUCCGGGGCGAGGACGAUGUGCACGUGACUGAGGAGGUGUAUAAGCGGCCCCUCUUCCUGUGGCCCACCUACAGGUACCACCGCCUGCCCCUGCCAGAGCAAGGGGCCCCCCUGGAAGCCCAGUUUGAUGCCUUUGUCAGUGUCCUGCGGGAGACCCCCAGCCUGCUGCUGCUCCGAGAUGCCCACGGGCCUCCCCCUGCAUUCCUCUUCAGCUGCCAGACGGGCGUGGGCAGGACCAACCUGGGCAUGGUUCUUGGCACCCUCGUCCUGUUUCACCAUAGCGGCACUGCCUUGAGGCUGGAGUCUGUCCCCACGAAGACCAAGGCACUGGCCGUGGAGCAGCUCCAGGUGGUCCAGAGCUUUCUCCACUUGGUGCCCCAGGGGAGAAGGAUGGUGGAGGAGGUGGACAGAGCCAUCGCCGCCUGCGCAGAGUUGCACGACCUGAAGGAAGUUGUCUUGGAAAACCAGAAGGAGCUGGAGGGCGUCCGGCUGGAGAGCCCGGCCCAGGGAAGUGGCAGCCAGCACAGUGUCCGGCAGAGGGCGCUGUGGAGCCUGGAGCGCUACUUCUACCUGAUCCUGUUUAACUACUAUCUCCAUGAGCAGUACCCGCUGGCUUUUGCCCUCAGUUUCAGCCGCUGGCUGUGUGCCCAUCCUGAACUCUACCGCCUGCCUAUGACACUAAACUCAGUGGAGCCUGUGGCCCCCGGGGACCUCAUCGCCACGGGCUCCCUGGGGGUGGAUGACCUCAUCUCCCCGGAUGCACUCAGCACUGUCAGAGAGAUGGAUGUGGCCAACUUCCGGCGGGUGCCCCGUAUGCCCAUCUAUGGGACGGCCCAGCCCAGUGCCAAGGCCCUGGGGAGUAUCCUGGCCUACCUGACUGACACCAGGAGGAAGCUGCGGCAGGUCGUGUGGGUCAGCCUGAGGGAGGAGGCUGUGCUGGAGUGUGAUGGGCACACCCACAGCCUGCGAUGGCCUGGGCCCCCCAUGACCCCCCAUCAGCUGGAGAACCUAGAGACCCAGCUGAAGGCUCACCUGAGCACGCCCCUCCCAGGGGCGGAGGACCCCCGGACCCGCAGGUUCCAGACGUGCCUCACCAUGCAGGAGGUCUUCAGCCAGCAGCGUGGGGCCUGCCCUGGCCUCACCUACCACCGCAUCCCUGUGCCAGACUUCUGCGCCCCCCGUGAGGAGGAUUUUGACAGGCUGCUGGAGGCCCUGCAGGCUGCCCUUGCCAAGGACCCGGGUACUGGCUUCGUGUUCAGCUGCCUCAGCGGCCAGGGCCGGACCACGACCGCUAUGGUGGUGUCUGUGCUUGUCUUCUGGCACAUCCAAGGCUUCCCCGAGGUGGGCGAGGAGGAGCUUGUGAGUGUGCCUGACGCCAAGUUCACCAAGGGCGAGUUUGAGGUGGUGAUGAAGGUGGUGCAGCUGCUGCCCGACGGGCACCGUGUGAAGAAGGAGGUGGACGCAGCGCUGGACACGGUCAGUGAGACCAUGACGCCCAUGCACUAUCACCUGCGCGAGAUCAUCAUCUGCACCUUCCGCCAGGCGAGAGCAGCCAGAUCGGAGCGGGAGGCGCGGCGGCUGCAGCUGCGGAGCGUGCAGUACCUGGAGCGCUACAUCUGCCUGGUGCUCUUCAACGCGUACCUCCACCUGGAGAAGGCCGGCUCCUGGCAGAGGCCCUUCAGCGUCUGGAUGCGGGAGGUGGCAGCAAAGGCCGGCAUCUACGAGAUCCUCAACCAGCUGGGCUUCCCUGAGCUCGAGAGCGUGGAGGACCAGCCCUUCUCGAGGCUGCGCUGCCGGUGGCAGGAGCAGAGUCACAGCCCCGAGCCCUCGACCGCAGGGGACUUCCUGUAGGACGCGCCCCCUGCUGCCCUUGCUGUGGCCGCCGCCCGCAGGGCCACCUCCCCUAUGCAGGCUGGGGGUACCUGGUGCUCUUCACUGGGGGAGGCCCUGGGAGCAGCGGGGACCCCUUUUCAAUUUUGAAGGUGUUUUUUUCAGGACCGUUAGCACAGAGGGACACCUUGUAAGUGGCAGAUGCCCAGUGUGGCAUCUGUGCUCCAAGGAGCUCACCCCCUCAAGUUGCCAAGGGAAGCUCUUCGCCACUUCCGCCCUCUCCCCUCCCCCGAGCUGUUCUCAUGGCCCCCAGCGCAGAGUGGCCCCAGCCAGCAUUGGUUUCCUUCUCUCCUCGCUCGCUGUUUUCCCACGUGGCUUCUCCUCUUUUGCUGCCUGAGCACUGCCCUGGGAGCUCUGGGCUCCUGGGGAGUGGACAGUGCUCCAGCUGGAUUGGUUCCCUUACAGGCAGCUUUCCCUGGUUUUCUUGCCUCUCAUGUGCCCUGUCUCCAACCUGGAGACCUCAAGAAGGACAGCCCCACGCCCGGUGGCCAGGCAGAGGUCUCUGUCCCUCCUUCCUUGGGCCUCUCCCCGCCCCUGGGCUGGCAGAACUAUGAAGGUUUCCAAGGAGCUGAGGGGAAGAAGGAGCUUCCAGAAGGUGCGUGCAGCCUCAUGGAAAAGCUCCCUGGGAGCUCAGUUCCCUGGGAGUGUGGACAGGAGGGCUGGGGAAGCAUGUCCCCACACCAGCCGCCCGUGCACCCACCUGCUGCAGUGGGAGCCCGUGGACUCCUGGGUGACCCUGAGUGAGCAUUGGGGCGUGUGAGAGUGGGGGGCCAGGGAUGACAUGAGGGGGUGCUUGGAUUCCAGGCCUUCCUCCCUGAGCGCCCUUGAGCUGUCUUCCAGUGGGAGCAGCAGGGGCCAAGUGCUGCUGCGUCAGCAGCUGCCAGGCAGCUCCGGGCAGGUGGUGGAAGGAUGCUCGGAGGGGCUGGCAAGGCAAGCCUGUUGAUCUGAGAAUGUGGCUCUCCCUCUGGGGACUGGUCUCCGCCGAAUCGCAGGGGCUGAACCGUGGGCAUGCUGUCCACCUGGCCUGGCUCGUUGGGGCCAAAGAGGCCUCCAUUGGCUGCGUACCGACCUUUGUGCAGAAAAACAGGUGAUGUGUCACUGGUGAUAUUUGAAAAGGGAGACGAGGCCAAAGUUGUUCACAUCUACCUAGUAUUGGAAAAUAUUUGAACAUCUUGGCUGAAUUCUUUUGCAAAUCUACUGUAUGUCUGUUCACUACCUUUUCAGACUUGUUAUUUUUGGUUUUAUUUUCGCAUGUAAUAAAAAGUGCUAAUUUCUUCGCAGACAAAGUCUAGGUGAGGGGUCAGAGAUCGGGGCUGAAUGGAGAGGGGUUCUUUGUGUUCUCACGGUUGGCCCUGACUUUCAGCUGCCCUGGGACUACUGGCUGGUCACUUCACCUCUCUGCCUCAGUUUCCCCAUCUGUAAAAUGGGAGAAUAAUACUUGCCUACCUACCUCACAGGGGUGUUGUGAGGAUUCAUUUGUGAUUUGUUUUGUUUUGUUUUGUUUUUGUACAGAGCUUUUGAGCAUUAAAAACAGCUAAAUGUGAA